AUGACCAGCUCCGACUCAAUCCCCGCCAGUCUCUCUUCCAGAAGGCGCCGCAAACACCACACGAGAAGAACGCCCACAGCGCGAGGCCCUGGUGGGUCUUGUCCCGGCGGCUGUCUGCGAACGCUGGCGCCAAAUCGCGUUCUUGAUGCCGCACCUCUGGACCAUCGCGCGCGCGUCAAGAUAUCUGGGCACUCCCUUGAUCUAAACACCAAGUUGACAUCCGGAUGGCUAAGGCGCUCAGGCCGCCUUCCCAUCUGGCUGGAUAUCUAUGAGGAUAGACUACAAUCAACCAUAGCUAUGGAACAUUACCACGAGCAAUACCACCUCCAACACCCUCACUUCCCCACAUACCACCCUUUCCUGCCUCCAAACACUCGUCCUCGCGAUCGGACGUGA